AUGUACCUAAUAAAGUUUUUACUUUUAUUCGCAUUUGUGACGUGCGGAAUUUGCGAAUCGAAAUAUUCCCUGGAAACGAAAUACAUCGAAGUACCGUUAGAUCAUUUUUCCGCGACCCAAACCAAGACGUUCAGGUUGAGAUACCUGAUUUCGUCCAAAUACCACGUCAAAGGAGGUCCAGUAUUCGUGUAUACCGGAAAUGAAGGAAAUAUAGACACGUUCGCACAAAACACCGGAUUCUUAUUCGAUAUAGCACCGACAUUCAACGCCCUUUUGGUAUUCAUCGAACACAGAUACUAUGGAGAAUCCUUACCAUUUGGAAACAGCUCAUUUUCAACACCAGAAACAUUGAGAUACCUCACCACCACUCAAGCUUUAGCCGACUACGCUUUCGUCAUCGAAGAUCUAAGGAAGACAUUCUUUGGAACGGUUAUUACCAGUGAAACUUAUCCUUUCAUAGCUUUCGGUGGUUCUUACGGUGGAAUGUUGGCUGCUUGGUUGAGGAUGAAGUACCCUUAUACUGUAUUGGGAGCCGUAGCUUCAUCAGCACCUAUUUGGUACUUCCCCAAUCUCACACCGUGCGAAAAGUUUUACGAAAAAGUUACGAAAGUAUUCGAGAAAUAUGGUAAAGAACAAUGCGUCAAAUCGAUUAGACUCGGAUGGGAAGUGAUCACUAAUUUAUCAAAAACUAAGCUUGGAAUGGAUUUCAUUUCAUCAUCGUGGCGCCUCUGCAAAAAGCUCCGAACUCCUCUGGACGUCGAACGUUUGCUUGAUUGGUUAACUAACGUUUAUGUGAAGUUAGCUAUGGUGAAUUAUCAUUACCCCACUGAAUUCGAGAAGACUUUACCAGCUUAUCCUGUCAAAGUUUUCUGCGAUAAACUAACAACUUCUUUCUUCAACGAUACCAAGAGUUUAAUCGAACAUUUCAGUCAUGCUUUGGAAAUCUACACUAACUACACCGGUACCACAAAAUGCAAUAAUAUCAACAGUACUUUUGAAGAUUUUAAGGAAUACGCUUGGGAUUAUCAAAGUUGUACUGAGCUAGUUAGACCGAUAUGUUCAACGGAAAAGGAUAUGUUCAUCACGAAACCGUGGAGUUACGAGAGAUUUUCUACUGAUUGUUUGAAAAAGUUCAACGUUAAAAGCCAAAGACCGAAUUGGGCUAUUAUGGCGUACGGCGGUACUAACCUCAAAUAUUUCUCGAAUAUCAUUUUCAGUAACGGUUUGUUGGAUCCUUGGUCUUGCGGGGGAGUUUUGAAUAACAUCAGCGAUUCCAUAGUGGCUGUAAAUAUCACUGACGCUCCACACCACGUUGAUUUGAGAAACUCAGAUCCCGCCGAUAACAAUUAUGUGAUUGAAGCAAGGAAAUUCCACAUUGCUACUAUCAAACGUUGGUUGAAUGUUUAA